AUGUAUGCUGGUCUAGGUCUGUGGUUAUACAAAGAAAUUCCUGUUUCGGAUGGGGGAAAGGCAUUGCCAAGACAACUGAUGUUGCCUAUUAUUCUUCUCCUUUGCUUCCUGAUCUCUUCUAAUGCAUUCCCUAUGCGAUUUUCACAUAUGUCCAGUAACAGUGAAGAGGGAAUGCCUUAUGGACCGUAUGCCUAUCAAAACCCACAGAUGCCCAGUGUUGGCUCUAUGUUUGGAUUUGGCCAUCCACACUACUUACAGAUGAUGCAGCUACAGCAAGCCUUAGGUAGACAACCUUCCCCAUGGCUACCGCAGAACACAGCUAGGACCCAACAGAUACAUAAAGAGGCCAUUCCACCAAAUCUGCCAAGAUUCCAUCUGCAGCCAGUCCAAUCACAGCUUCCACAGCUGCAAAUGCCACCUGUACAGCAACCACAAUUCAAUCCUCCUCCAUCAAAAUCCAAUUAUGUAACAAAACAACCACAGCAGCCACUUCAGCUUCCUCCUUCACCUGACCCACAAGCACAGACACCCCUGGGUAAUUACUUUGGAUUGUUUGGAAUGGGUGGCAGAGCACCUUAUAAUUCUGAGGAAAUGAAUGAAGAUGACGAACCUGCAAAGCCUGAAAAAGAACCUCCCAAAACAGAGAGUCCAGUUGCAGAGACAAGCAAUACAACAAUAGUUGACAAUAAUUCGACAACCAUUCCCCAAAGCCAAGGAAACACCACAACAAACAAUGGAAGUAUGGCUGGAGAUAUUUCACAGAGCCCCACCAUUCACUUGAAUGGCCAAAAUGGGCACAUAGAAGGUCCUCCCGUGAUAGCUCUUGUCCAUAAUAAAAAUACUUUACAUGGGGCAUCCAGACAAGAACAUUAUCUUGUUAGGUCACCUAAUCCAGACACUAUUUUAAGUAACCACCAACUGCAUCAAAAAUAUCAUAUAGCUGACAAGAUUUUAGUUGGACGGGGAGGCCUCCCAUCUCAAAAUGCCUACUAUCGCCAAGAACAAAUGACAGCUAAAGAACCAUUAACAAACAUCCACAACUCUGAAAAAGCAAGUUACAUCAGGUAUGUUCCUCAGACCAAUUCAGACAAAAUUCCACUCAGAACAGUGGCUACAAAAGAUGCCGAUAUUAAUAGUUUUGUAAGAGAAGCAAGGGGAAUGUAUCAUGAUCCUACAGUGAACACAAUAGGAAAUGAAGGCAUACAGCAAUAUUACAGAAACAAUGUGCCAGACAAUACUUCCCCAAAAGGUGAGGAAAAUAAGCAUGUGGAAGAAUAUCUGUCUUUCUUAGUUAAUGAAAAUAAAACACCUAACCAAAAAAUUAUCCUAGUCCAGAAUCGAGGUUUGGACAAUUUUCCUGGGCACAUUGUGAAAUCCGUUACUGAAAAUGAAUACACUCCCCGGGAAAUAUUCUCAAGCAAUAGAAAUAUGCCACCUAAUGCUGAAAUUAAAAAAGAAGAGCAAAAAAUCAGUGUCCCUAACAAUGGUGAUUAUACUGGCAACACAAAUGCUCCCUAUAUAAAAAGUGAAGACCUCUUCAGAGGAAUUGAAUUUUUGCAACACCAUGAGAAACCGUCUUUUUAUCAAAAUGAAGGCAGAGCUUCUGACAUUGGCAUGGCUAAACCUGGCCAGCAGCCGGAAUCUAUUUAUUUGGUAAAACAAGUACCAGCUGACCACAUUCAAGUUUCUGCUGAUAACAGCCCUAAGCAAAAUCCAAGUCAUCUUUUAAGCAAUACAUGGCAAAAGAAAACAGAUCCACUGGGAAGUCCUAGGAAUUACUUACUAGGCCAAAAAGAAAACUAUCUUUAUUCUGACACAGAAUUGUAUCAUCGGACUAACAAUGAACUGCCAUCAGGAAUACAACACUCGGAAAAUGGAAUCGACUUUUCAAAUGUUCAGUAUGAAAAUCCUGGUUCCCCUAUGUACUAUUUGCAGGGUUCACAAAGAAAGUUGUCUAUAGCUAGCAAUAACGGGGAAGAAUUUUAUAUCGUUAAAGAUAGACAGCCCACUGAUCAACUAAAAUAUCUUUUAAUAUCAAAACUGGAUCCAUCCAAAAACACAGGCAUAUCAACCUUUACAACCAACGAACCCUUGAAUCAGAAUGGCUAUAUUACUAAUCAGGAAGCUCACUUGCAAAUGCAAAAUAAAAAGUCACCUUUCAUUAUUAAUAGAUCAAUCAGUUCUACAGAUGGUAAUCUAUACAUUGCAGUAGAUGAGCCGCAUGCUUCACAAAAUAGUCCCAUUCAUCUUAAACUAUCUCCACAUUCCAAAACACAUUCUGGGACCAAUAGUCCAGGGGCUUUUUACUCACUUCAGACUGUAAAUACCAACAAUGGUUUCCAUUCUUCCAGUUUAAGAGGUCAGUCUUUAAAUCAUAGAGAGACUGGACAUUUUUCAUGUACUAUUCCAGAAACAGGGGUUGAUCCAGCGUUAGAACUUAAUAACAGAUUAAUAUUAUUUUGCUGCAAGCUUACUGAUAUGGAACAAUCACAUCCUUCAGCAAAUGAAGAUAAUAUUCAUCAUUUACAAGUAGUUUUGAAUGAGUACAAAGAAUCAGUACCACAUCAAGAUCAAGUUCACAGGCAACAUACAAGAGAUGUCAUAGAGUCACCAAAAUUAACCAUCCAAAACAAUGUAAUGAUAACGAGAAAUAAUAGUUCUAAUAACCAUGAUAAUAUUCAGAGUUCUGGAGGGAAAACUUCAGAUUCAGUCCCAUAUAUCGCAAAACGUUCUUAUGAGCAAAAUUCAGAAUAUCCUUAUGAAGGACCCAAUGCAUUUCCAAAAAAUCCAUGUCCUUAUAGAGGAGAUGCAGACAGUUAUCUGCCCCCUAGCCAAGAUGAAUCAAUCUCCCUUCGAAAAAGAUUUCUAGCAUCUGAAAAUGGCCAUAUGCUUGCAACAAAUGUCCUGGAGCCUGAGUCACCACAUAAGAAUCUUGGGAAGGAAGGGAAAUUUAAGAGAGGGAUUGGGAAAUUACUAGAAAUACUCACAUGCCCACAAGACCAAGAAAGACAUAAAAAUGAAAAAGCAAUAAAUAUUGCUAAAGCCAGGCCUAAUUCAUUUUCUUUAAACCACAACACCUUCAGUGCAGAUGCGGCACCAGUAGUGGAUACAAAGCCAAGUGAUGCAGAAAAUCCUAUAGAUGCAAAGGGCACCAUGCCUGACUGUUUAAUACUUAAAAAAUAG